AUGUCAGGUGUGGGGUUCGCGACGGUGGUGGAUAGGGGAGCCCAGGCUCUCACGAAUAGAUAUAUCACCUUUAGGUUGGAAAUGGGUGUGCUGAAACCUGUUAGAGUUAGGAACCCCCGGACAACAACAACAACUGGAAAUUCUAUAGGGAGAAGCUCGCUUGGCGCUCGCGAGGCCGCCGACCUCGUCAGCUCCGCGAUGAUACGGGCUUUCCAGAAUAGUUGCCCGGAUAGAGCGGGGAGGACUCCUCAGUAUAGCUCUUCCCUGGAGCGACUCAGGAGGAGGGUGCUCAGCACAACGAAAAGCAGCAGCCUAGGUACUGACUGGGAUCUCUAUAGGGAGGUCCAUAGACAAUACAAAAUAGAACUACGGGCAUCACAGAGGAGGGCCUGGAGGGGCUACUGGGAAGAAGUAAUGAACACCCCGGACGCGGCUAGGCUCCUUAGGGUACUCAGAAGUGACACGGCGGGAACACUGAGAGUGGUUCGCAGGAUUGGCGGUGGCUAUACAGCGGGACCAGCGGACAUACGACAACAGUUGCUCACUACUUCCCAGGGUCCGCCGAACAGGACACAGUGGGGAAUGCUGAAGCCGGGGGUCGUCCUAGAAGCGAUUACGCCACAAGGAGGGGUGGAUACGUGCCGGAGCUGUGGAGACAGCAGGGUAGUAUUCAUCUCCAAGGCAGGAAAGAACAACUACACGGACCCGAAGUCAUACAGGCCCGUUUGCCUCACCGGUUUCAUUAUGAAAACUAUGGAGAGACUUGUGGAUCGGUGUCUGAAGGACUGGGUGGAGCUGGAAGCCCUAUUAAAGCCAACCCAGCAUGCGUUGGAGGGGGAUCUGGGCUCGGGAGGGCUGUCGGUGUGCGUGUUCGCGGACAUCGAAAGGGCCUUCAAUAAUACGGGCCUGUACCCGAUCUGCAGGGCGGUGGAGCGUACUCAAGUGGGGAUGGUCAUUGUAAACUGGAUCCACUACAUGCUAACCGACCAGAGGCUGGGUGGGGAGCAGAUCUCCAUCGGCUUAUCACGGGGCUGUCCACAGGGAGGGGUCUUGUCCCCCUUCCUGUAG